UUUGUUCUCCCCGGACAGAACUCAGAGACGCACACAUGUUCGUCGUUUCCUUGGUAACCGCACUACGUUCUCUACCUGUCGUAGUGUUGACGGUCUGUUUGAAGGUGUGAAGGCAUGGACAUCCAGGGGCUGAAAGUGUGGAGCUGUGGAGAUAACAUCGUUGACAUGGUCGACAUGGACGACCUGGACGACCUGGACAACCUGGACGACCUGGACGACCUGGACGAGGAGAGCUCUGCUGUCUCCAGUUCAUCAGCCGCAGACACCGCUUUUGAUGCUGUUAUUGGCUGCAUAGAGGACAUCAUCAUGGAGGAGGAGUUCCAGCAGCUGCAGCAAAGCUUCAUGGAGAAACACUACCAGGAGUUUGAUGACUCAGAGGAGAACAAGCUCAGCUACACACCCAUCUUCAACGACUACGUUGACUUGCUGGAGAACCAUCUGGAGCAGCAGCUGAUGGCGAAGAUCCCUGGCUUCAAGAUGAACACUUUCAUAGAGCUGCUCAUGCAACACAAGGAGGAGGUGCCAGGUGAUAUCUUUGACAUAAUGCUGACGUUCACUGACUUCAUGGCCUUCAAGGAGCUGUUUCUGUUUUACAAAGCAGAGAAGGAGGGUCGAGGUCUGGACAGUGGUCAAGAAUUUCUGGUCACAUCUUUAAUCCCUGCAGGCUCAAAACUCAACAGUAGCACUGAAUUGCAGUGACACACACACACACACACACACACACACACACACACACACACACACACACACACACACACACACACACACACACACACACACACACACACACACACACACACACACUUGAAUGGCCUCCUCCUCCAUGUGCUGAUGUAUGAUUGUAUCCAUGGGCUUUCAGAAAUUAUUGUAUUUAUGGUCCUUUGAGUAAGUUCUGAAGUUCUGUGCUCUGAUAGAAAUCUACAGUCUGUGCUCCAAAGGAUGUAACAGAAUAUUCUUUUAUGCAUUUCUCUUUGAUUUCUGUAGUGAUGGGUUAAAGAUGGAAGGUUUUUGCCUGUUGAUGCUCCCCAACCACACCGGUGGAGAAAAACGACUACUUGAAGUAUUUAAUGUGUUUAAUUGUAAUGAGCAGACGAGACGCUGAAUCCUGAUUCUACAGUUUGUGUCACACAUGUCACACAAACCCUCAAUUCUGGUACAUGGUUUGUGUCAUCCUGCUGUUUUUAUGUGGUCCACAAAUCCCCACGUUGGCUGGGGAAACCUUUGGAUAUAAAUGAGAGUGUUUGUCUGGUAUAGAAAGAACAGCAGAGCUAAUAUAUGUUUUAUACUGUUUUUCAAAUUGUUCAGUGAAAAACACUCCAUGGAGUUUGUGCCUGUGAAAGUCAAUCUGAAUGUACAAAGUGAUUGUUUUUGUUUGUGUGUGGUAGCAUGUGUAAGUGUCUAUCACUAGACCUAAGAUCUGCUUUACAGUUUCAUGUCAAAUAAUGAAGUAUUUUAUACAUGACAGUUGUAGUUGUGAAUUUAUAUUUAUGUCACAGAUGAGAUGUUUUAACAUGUUAGUAAAACAUUAUUUUCAAAGAAACAAAGCCUUAAA